GGCCGGCUCCACAUUGGCGGAAGGGCGCGGAGGAGCCGGUGGGAGAUGGACGCUACCGGCGGGGAGGAGCUGGACAUGGAAGUAAUGAAGCCUUUAAUUGAUGAACAACAUUCAGAUGUUUCUGAUGAGGAGCGUGAAAGUAAUUUCCUGCCAGUUGAGAAGCAUUACCAACUUGAUAGUGAAGAAGGCAUUACGUUUAUACAAACGCUUACCCACCUUCUCAAAGGAAACAUUGGAACUGGGCUCCUUGGUCUUCCUCUUGCAAUAAAGAAUGCUGGCAUUGUGGUCGGACCAGUCAGCCUUGUGCUCAUAGGAAUUAUAUCCAUUCAUUGUAUGCACAUCUUGGUACGUUGCAGCCACUGUCUAUGUCAGAGGUUGAAAAAAUCCUCACUGGGGUAUAGUGAUACAGUUAGUUACGCCAUGGAAGUGGGGCCUCUGUCUGCCCUUCAGAAAAGAUCCUCCUGGGGAAGGUAUAUUGUGGACUUUUUCCUAGUGAUAACACAGCUGGGAUUUUGUAGUGUGUAUGUUGUAUUCUUGGCAGAAAACGUUAAACAAGUCCAUGAAGGAUUUUUGGAAAACAAAACUGCUUCUAUAAAUGUCAGUGUUACCAGCAGUUCUUCUGAGAAAAGGAGUACUGAUUUACGAAUAUACAUGCUUUGUUUCCUGCCAUUUAUGAUCCUCCUGGUCUUUAUUCGUGACCUGAAGAGCCUGUCCUUGCUUUCACUGCUAGCCAAUCUGUCCAUGGCUGUCAGCUUGGUGAUCAUUUACCAGUAUAUUGCUAGAGAUAUAGCAGAUCCUCGAAAACUGCCUCCCAUGGUUGGCUGGAAGAAAUAUCCUCUAUUUUUUGGAACAGCAGUGUUUGCUUUUGAAGGAAUUGGUGUGGUACUCCCAUUGGAAAACAGAAUGAAGGACACCACACGCUUCCCACUGGCACUGAACAUUGGCAUGGGCACCGUUAUGACCUUGUACAUCUCAUUAGCCACUCUUGGGUAUCUGCGCUUUGGGGAUGAAAUCAAAGGCAGCAUAACGUUGAACCUACCACAGGACCAAUGGUUGUAUCAAUCGGUAAAAAUUCUGUACUCCUUUGGGAUUUUUGUGACCUAUUCGAUCCAGUUCUACGUCCCUGCAGAGAUCCUCAUUCCAGCUGCCACCUCCAAAGUGGAGCAGAAGUGGAAGUUACCCUGUGAGCUCGUGGUGAGAGCACUGCUGGUCUGCUCAACCUGUGCUGUGGCGGUUCUGAUCCCUCGCCUAGACCUGGUGAUUUCUUUGGUUGGAGCUGUCAGCAGUAGCACUCUGGCACUGAUUCUGCCACCUCUGGUUGAAAUCCUCACUUUCUACAAGGAAAACCUACGUCUGUGGACAAUAUUGAAAGACAUUUUUAUAGCUGUCUUUGGAGUCGUUGGAUUUUUGACAGGGACGUAUGUGACAGUUGAAGAAAUCAUUUACCCUGCAUCCACAGUUCUGGCUAACACAACUGAGAGCAUCUCUGCUGUUUUAAAUGCUACAGACUUGGUGGUUGGUUUGAAGUAAAAAUGUGAUGCCGUGAACUGUUUUGUUCCUUAUUGAGAAUCCAGGAUGGAUGGAAGACCUACGUGUGGGAUAAAUUAAAAGGGAUUUGAAAUGAAUUCUUAAAAAAUCACAUGUAGGCCUUUCUCCCUCUGUUUAUUCUUUCUCUCAUUGCUUCAGGUUUACUACCUGAAUUAACCCCUUAGUUCUCAAUCUUCUCAUCUCAUUAAAAACUGAAUUGAUGUCAGGAUAUAAAAUAUACAUAUGGAUAUAAGAAAGAAAUAUGAUAUUAGAUUACUUGCAAGACAGAGGAACAGUUUUCCUAAAGAAGUCAAAAUGCUUUCCUUCUCAGAAAGGUGGAAGUCUGUCCAUUCAUCAUAUCUAGAUGCAAAGCCUAGGCACUACUGUUUUCUCUCCAGCCCUGUUUUAAGGGCUUAUGUGGAAGUUAAGUGAUGCAUUGACCUGCUCUUGGCUGUCUCCAGUGGGUGCACCCCCGUGAACCAGAGACACUGGUUUUAGAAAUGAAGAACUGUGGUUUUUAUUUCCAUUCUGAGGACUUUGAUGUUUGCUUUGCAGAAGCUGUAGGGUGGUUACAGUUGUGUGACUGUGGUCUCUGGGAGCUGGUUUGUCUACAAUCCCAGGGCGUUGUGCAGACUGACAGUGUCUCUCAUUCACUCUUUCCACUCUGGCUCCAACUGAAAGGACUAAUUCCUCCUAGAAUAGGCUAGAGGAACAGCAUUACCACUGCUGUUGGUGGGCUAUGUGACGGGUAGGGUAAAGACAUUUUUUCAUGCUGACCAUAUGAACAUUUAAGCUGAAAAAUGGACAAGGCUGACAGAGAAACAAGGCUUAGAGGUAAAGGUAGGAUUCUUUGUUAGAUCAAAAGAGACAGUUAGGUGUGCUCUUUCCAUCUUGUGUGAUCUGGUACCAUGAGCUGCUCAGCAUAGUCACAUCCAGGCUCCAUGAAAAUGGCAUUCAUGGAACUCUCCAGAACCACAGAUAUUUGACUGCCUAGAGCAGAGUUAGGUUUCAGAAGGGAUGAGACACUGCUUUCUAGAAUGGAGCUUACGCCAUCUUUUCACACAAAUAAUCUAUGGAUUGUUUGUGAAAGAACUUAUAAUUCACAGCACUGUGAAGGGUGGGGGCACAGAGAGUACCUGCUUUGAAGCCCAUUCUACCUGCCUGCAGGUUGUCUGAAGAUGUUGGUUAUCUCAGAACUUGCUUUCAAAUACAGCAUGGAGAAGUACAAAUUACAUGAGAUGCAGGGUACGCAGAUGAAAAUAUGGAUUAUUUUAGAAAGUAAAUAUUUAUUUCUUUUGGAGUUUGACUGAAAUGUUACAAAAUGUUGUUUAGCAGAGCAAUAUUUAUUUAAUGAUGCAAAAAGAUUAAACGCCACAAAUAGUGAAGUAGUUUAUUUUUGUAUACUUUGGUAACUGCUGCCCUAACAUUUUUUAUUUUGUUCUUAAUUGUAACUGUACAAAUGUAUAAAACCAUAUUUUUUUCCUUUGCCUAUUGCUAGAAGUCUAUAAAGUAUAUUUCUAUUGGGACAUAUAAUAAUUAUUUUCACAUGCUUGCAUUCUGCCUUAAAUAGAAUCUAACAUGCCCUUACUGAUUUUUGAUUCUUAUCUCCAUUUUGGAAGAAGAAAAAGAACACGUUAUUGAGUUGGUAAUUGGGUAGAAAUGAGUUUUGUUCAUACGGAGUCCUUAGCUGGAAUCCUGCUUUUCAGGGCUCAUAUUUGACUUUCUGGCUCACAUUGCACAGAUGAAAUUCAGUCCAAACACCAAAGCUAUAUUUUCAGUCUUUUUUUCAUAAAAUCACUCUACGUUUUGUACAACAGAACUCUAUUUAUCAUAGUCUUUCUUUCUGUGAGGAAAUUCCUUCUCUAAGGGAUGUAUUUAAUUAUAACAUUCCUCUAAGAAAUAUGGUAUGAUAAAACCUCUCCAUUCAGAUUAACAUAAGAAUAUAUGUAAUACUUGGUUGUCCUUAAUAUCUGUCUCAGAAAUCUACCAUUUGGUAGUCUACCAUUUGGCAUUAGACUGCUAAAAUAAUAUAGUCCUAGAUACAUCUAUGUUUAUACUUUCUGAAUGUUUCUCCAGUCAUCUACCAUGUAGUGACUGUAUUUGAGCACUUUUUUCUCCAUGCUUGUAAAGACAUUUCUGCUAGGAAUUUCCACAUGUAGUUUGAACUGCCUGCAUUUAUUUGUUCAAGCAAUAGUUCUGAGCAAUGCUUUUAUUUUUCAUUUAGUAUGGACAAGGUUAAAUAUUUGGCAGGACUUUAAGGGCACAAUUCCCAAUGGGUUUAAUGCUAUAGUGUCAACUUCUUGUAUGAAAGUGUUGCUGAGGAGCAAACAGGUAAUUAUCAGAGGGGCAUAAGGUAGCUUCAGCUUCUUGUCUUAAAGGCUUUUUGGUCUUUAAGCUGUUUGAAAAGACAUCAGAUGUCUCAGUGUGCUUGGUAAUCUGUUGUAAACCAUACACUACAUAACAAUAUUGACUAUUUCUAUAACUAUAACAAUAUGACUAUUUCUGUAUGGCAAACUUUACUUGAUGUAAAUAUUCAACUGCAACCUGUUUUAGUAGGAUUGUUAGAAUUUAAACGAAAGUUAUUUUUCUUGUUAGUUUUGUAUCUUUCUCACAGUGUUUGGAGAACAAAAGAUUGUCGAGUCCUUUCAUAUCAUCUCUUCCUCAAGGGCUGUGUCCUAGGGAUGUGUCUCACCUCUGAGAAAGCCACGCUGCAGCAGAUCUUGACCAGCUCAAAGUGUGGUGGUACUGUUUGACUUGUGCAAGUGAAUGCUGACAUGAAGAUUUGCUGAGCUCAGUAGGUGGCCACGAUAGCCAGGUGAAUGCAGCAGCGUUUUGAAACUAAGAUCACCUGUUUAAAAGCUUGGUAAGUUUGAGGAAUUGAGUUUGAGCUGUCAAACUUUGGAUGACCUGGUCUAAAUACAGAUUUUGCUGCUGUGUCCCACCAUCAGUCACCUGUGAAGGAGAUUUAUUGCCAUUGAUUGGCCAGAUAUGAAGCAGUGUUUUUAUGCAGUGGGUCAAUGUUGCUGUGUCUCAUGAUGUUUUAUCUUAUGCAUCUUUAAAAUGUUAGUUAAUAUGUUUUACACAAUGUUUCUCCUACAGUGUAGGAUUUUCAUUAGUUUAACACUCAGAGCAUUUGUGUGGCCUGUUCUUUCAAAUAGAAAGAUUGAAGGAUUGGAAUAUCUUGCUUUGGAUGCCACUAAAAUUGUCAUUAGUAGAACUAAAAUAGAAUUACUCUGUCUGAAUAAUAAGAGUGUUCCCAUGAAACAUUGCCAAAGAUUUAAAAGAUGGGAAAUCUGACAGAAGGCUCUUGUGAAUUACAAGGCUGUUCAUUUAGCUUUUAAGGUACUGUAAUAUAAAUUUCAAGUUAAGAUGUGGGGAGUGAAACUCCAGAUUUAAUGGUUAUGGUGUACAUAACAUAUAUUUAAGAAGGAAGUGUACUUGAGCUCAAGCUAACUUAAACAAAAAUGUGAUUGGCUUAUGUUCUUGACAAGAAACAGAAAGCUGUUGUAUUUAUAUACUGUACAUGCAGUUAUGUUCAACAAUAUGAUAUUGUCAACUGUUCCAAAUUAAUUUAAUUAUUAGCUGCAUUGUAAGGACCGGGAUCAUUUUCUUGUCUGUAACUGUUCCUCCUGAAGUACGGGGCAAGGAAGAGGGUGGCUUUGCCUA